UCCUUACUCACGAGUCGAUAGUUUCUCCGCCGCUACUGCUUGGUAUAAUCGCCCUUGCUACUAGGUAAUUGUGAGGCCACUUCAUUUUGUUACCAAAUCCCCCCUGGGAGCACCAUCGCUAUCUAGCCGUAGUACCAACAUGGGGUUGUCAGUAGAGAAGAGUCACGGUCCCGAUCACUUUGACGUGAUUGUCAUCGGUGCGGGGGUAUCUGGUAUCAACACUGCUUACCGCCUACAAUCUGAACUCCCAGAUGUGACGUUCGCCGUCCUUGAGGGUCGGGACGCAAUUGGUGGGACAUGGGACUUGUUUAAAUUCCCAGGAGUUAGAUCAGACUCCGACAUGUACUCCUUCGGCUUCGCCUGGAAUCCCUGGCCUUAUUCGCAGCCGGUCGGAAAGGGGCAUCUCAUCAAGGAGUACCUAAGGUCUUCGAUCGCUAAGUACCAGCUCGACUACCACUUUCAUUUCAAACACAAGGUGGUCUCCAUGGACUGGUCCUCGAAGGCACAGCAAUGGGAUCUAACAAUCAACCACAACGAUAUUAUGAAACAUUACACAGCGGGUACCGUCAUCCUAGGGACGGGUUAUUACGACUACGAGAACCCACGGCCAAGCAUCAUACCCGGCCUUGACGAUUUCAAAGGCAAGGUUAUCCACCCUCAAUUCUGGCCCGAAGAUUACGAUUAUACUGGCAAGAAGAUGGUCAUCGUUGGUAGCGGGGCUACCGCCAUCACACUGUUGCCUAAUCUAGCCAAGAAAGCUGCCAAAGUUACCAUGGUGCAGAGAAGCCCCAGUUACGUGGCAUCACUACCGAACCGCAAGAUUUCCUGGUUGUCGGCUAGCUACCUACGCCUAUGGUAUAUCUUUUAUUCCUACACAGGUGCAAUGCUCUGUCUGUGGUUCCCCAACUAUAUGAGAAAGACUUUCCGCAAGCAGACUAUCAAACAGCUGCCAGACUCUGUCAAUGUCGACCUACACUUUAGGCCCCGGUAUAGCCCUUGGGAACAACGCCUUUGUAUGUCACCCGACGGAGACUUUUUCAAGGCAUUUCACCAGCCAAACACUGAUAUCGUGACUGGCAUCAUCAAGCGAGUAACGGAGAAGACCGUCGAGAUGGAAAAUGGCCAGAUAAUCGACGCCGACGUUAUCGUGACCGCCACUGGGUUGACCAUGCAGUUCGGCGGUAAGAUCGACAUCAAGGUAGACGGCGAACUAGUCAAAUGGAACGAGAAAUUCAUUUGGAAUGGCACAAUGCUCCAGGACAUACCUAACUUUUUCUUCAUAGCAGGGUACGCACGCGCGGCUUGGACUCUUGGCGCUGACAGCUGCGCUUUCAUCAUCAUCCGGUUCUUGAAGCUCUUGAGCCAACAGCAAGCCACUGUUGGGACCCCACGUAUUCCCGAAGCUGCGAAAUUCCCGCCUCACAAGUAUUUCCCUCUUUCCUCUACGUAUUCGAUGGAAGCGGAGGCUCGCCUACCCCUAUAUGGAAACAGUGGACCGUGGAAAAGAAAGAGGGACAGUCCACCCGCUGACCUUAUACACGCCCAUUGGGGUGAUAUUACAACCGAUCUACAACUAUCGAUCUAAUCAUCAUUCUGCCGGGAAGAUUGAUGAUGAUUUGGUGGCGCACGGAACUACGGAGUUAUCCCGAGUGGGGCUGAGUGUGGGAUUCUCCUUUUCUCCUUUCUCCCUAUCAAUGUCAACGGGCACUCCUAUUUAAUAAAAUUACUAUAUCGUCUUGUAUUCCUAUUUAUCCUUUAUAAUCCAUUUCCUCUCACGGGUAUCGCAAGCUGGACUUUAGUGGAGUGGAGCAGAGGCUGGCGCGUUGACAAAGAGAUUCACAUGUGUAGACGACAUCAUUCUUCUUUCCUAUAUUGGUCUUCAGUAUCAUUAUUGAUUAUGAAAAGUGGCUUGUCAGAAUGAAUUUUUCCUCUACUUCUCUGAAUUAGUGGUAAAACGUAGCAAGCUCGCGCUGCUUUUGCUGUCUUUGCAUCACCGCAAAAUCACGCACAUCUUGCACUCGCAAUACAAAAACGCCUCAACAUGCAUGAGCGGAGCAAGCUCCGCGACCGCUGAUACUUGACCAAUAGUCAACAUCAUCACAGGUUUGCCCCUGGCUAUCCUGAGUAAAUGCCGAACGUAAUACCAAUCCUUUCGGAGUAUCUAUUCCUACCGCUAUCUUGUUUUACUACCAUGAUCUUCUAAGGGGAUUUUUAAUUUCGGUGAGUCUGGAACUCCAUUGGUGGCGGGUGGGCUAUGUCCUUGUUGGUUGCUUUUUACGACUAUUGCCUCGGCCACCUGCAU